GUAACCACUUGGAGAUGUUCGUCUUAUGACGAAGUGUAUAAUUUAAGCGAACUAAAUAUGAUAUUAUAAUUAACUAUUGUUCUCCAAGUAUGUUCUUUAUGGUAAGGAUUUAUUAUUAAUUUAUUACGCGUACGGAUUCUACGUGAAACGCGAAGGACAACAUCUAAAAACUAGCUACGUGGCGGUCCACAUGCCAUAUCAACACAAGUCGCGUGCGUUACUGCAGUUUUCAAACAUUCCGCGCCGAAGAACAACCUUACUGAUCGGUCAAGGGCACGCACUGUAUGGAUGGCUGAAAGUUGCACAAGACCUGAUGAACCGGAAAGAUUCCCAAGACAGGGCAAUAUGUCCAGCAAACAAGACUUGAUUCAGUGGGAAAAUGCCUCCGUUGAGACAUGCACUAUACUGAGCUGGCUCGGUUACGGACAGGAGAUCAUACAGGCUCGGAGAGACGCAUACCGGGAGUAUGGCAAGCUGUUAACUGCACGGCUUUGUGGAAAGGCAACGUAUAUUAUUACGGGUAGCAAAUGUGAGGGGCUGAGCAGCUACUUGGAAAGUGAUGUGGAUCAAAUGUUUGUAAAUAAUAGAGUAUUCUGUUUAGAAGAUGAUGUAAAGUCAAGUGCAUUUCCUGGGGAGAUAACCGUGUUGAGAUCACUCAGCCGCAGGAGUUACCAUGGUCACUGUAGACUGCUACUGGAGAGACGCGGUACAACAAUUCUCGAGCAAGUAAAUGAUGCGUUUUGUGAUGACGGAUAUGGUCGCGAACUUUUGAGCAGUGACUUGUAUGUUAAUAACUGGUCGAACGUGGACUUGACUGAGGGCACGGUGCAGCAUGAGCGUGCGGGACCGUCAAUGCCUUAUACAGUGCGGGGACAAUUGCACCGCGACUUGGUCCAUGCAUUACCUUACUACUGUCCCAACAUCCUGUCAAAAUGGGCCGCAAGACCUCGCCACUGGCCGCCACCGGAAGCCGUUCAGAGGAUCGUAUCACUUGGGGCAGUUCUUACGCCUAUUGGAUUUAAAGGAAGUGAAUAUCAACAUGUUGAAUGGAGAGUGUGUUUUAACGCCGGUGAGAUCGAACUAAUUAGCAAUCUUAAUGACACUCAAUCUAAAUUGUAUGUUUUAUUGAAAAUGAUAAAGAACGAUGUAUUACAUCCACGUAAGAAAGAAGUUUCAUCGUACACAUUGAAAAACAUCGUUUUAUGGAUGGCGGAAAAUAAUCCUCAAGCCUCGUUUCAUAAAAAAAGUAUUUUGCAGUGGUUGCAUGAAGCAUUGGAUGCGCUUAGAGUUGCAUUGAUCACCUUAGAGCUACCAUACUAUAUGAUUCCAGAAAGGAAUUUGAUGGCAACCUCUGGACUGGAUAGGGAACAGCAACGCACAUGGAUAUCAACGAUUACAGAUAUGCUCAACGAAGGUCCACAGAUGAUACUUAGACUUCCAAAGAUACGAACAGCUCUUAUUGCUCAUCCUGAACCAUUACGAUGGUACAGCGGGAGGAGAAUUGAGCUGGAGUUGCUGAUGCUUAUGCACAGGAACAGAGUGGUAAUCUGCAGUGAUGAGAACGGGGAGGUUGACUUUACCGAUGCGAUUUUGCAGGCAUUACAGAGACGAAUAAACGAGGUUAUAACGGAUGUUUGCGUGAGGAUGAGAAUGGAAGGGUGUCGAGUGUUCAACCUGGAUGCUAUUUUGGAUAGAAUUAUGAUGUAAAACGUUAACGAUGAUCAAUAGAUCAGUAUCGAGGCGCGGACAACACGUAUUUAUAACUUUUGAGUACAUAUUAUAUUUAACGAAUCACCGAUCAUUGUUGCCAAGAACGUGAAAAUUAUACAACUAAUCGUAAUAGUGAUUUGUUAAGUAAUUGAUGUUUGACUUGCAGACGUUCGUUUCACUUUUUAAAAAUGUGCACAAUUUUAUAUAAAAUUUGUUUACAGUAGGCUGUAAACUUUACCGAAACAAUAAAUUUCGAUACACUUUAUUAAAAAAUGUCAAUCGCAUAGAUAACAGUAGUUUGCAAAAUAAAGUUAUGUAAAGUAUUUUUGCUAUAUUGUAUAUAUCUUAACAAAAUAUGUACGUAUCGCGCUUGGAAACCAGCGGUAUAAUUUCAAGUUAUGCAUAUAUUUCUUUUUUGAACUUAUAGUAGUAACUCAUUUUGUCGACGUAUGUAGAAAUGUGACUUGUGUUUAUUUGCGUAAGCAUGUUAGGGAAUAAAGUGUGUUUGUGUCAUUUGUAUCUCAUCUUCUUAUCUAAAUAUUCACUUGGUUUAUGGUUGGUAUUGUUAACGCAUUUGCACUGAAUGAAUAUAUGUGUUACUGGCAGUUACUGAAAGUCCACUGGUAUUGUUGUAAUUGCUGUAAAUGUAUCGAUAAUAUUCUUGUUUUUCUGGUUGAGUUGAAACAUUGUUGUGAUUUGUAAUAUUGAUUAAAAAGUAUUUAACACAUUUUUGUACUUAUCGAUAAAAAUGGUGCAUAUCUGUGUUCAUUCCUAUUUUUAAAAUGUCUUCAAUAACGCUAUUGUUGCAUUCACAAAUAAGAAAUAAAGUGCAGUUGUUUUAUGCAAAUUGAUUAAACUACUUCUCAUGUGAACGUAUAAUUGCUCGUGUUUUUUACUGGACAAGUGAAUGUAAACUUUUAUUGAACACGGAUAAUCUGUUUUCAUCAAAACACAUAGUUUGUAUUGAAUCUAAAGAUACAAAGAUA